AUGUCCGUCAACACUGAAGACUUUGGCGUUACAAGCCACACCUGCUCUACCUGCACCGGCUCUCUCUCUCGCUUCCGGCACACAAACACCGCCGACGGCUCUCGCUGGUCAACCACAGUCUGUACCAAUCAGUCAUGCGCCGCUCAUGCGCAAGAUCAAACGCAGACCAUCAGGUCUGCAAACCCUCUGCGCAACGUGUCUGUGCGCCAAGCGCAGGGAGAUGGGUCGGUUUCUGCUGCGCGCACGACGAGUAUGAGCACGAGAAGUGUGGGACACUCGACGGUUUGUCCAGUCUGUUCGCGGCGGGUGGCGCCUACGUCUGUUUCGGCUUACAAGGGAGAACACCGAGCUGGCGCAGAGUCGCUUGCGUCGCAAUUGUACUGUGUUCACCAGGCUGCCAGUUGGCACACUGCAAAUGGUCUUAAUGACCUCGAGUGGACAUCUCUACAGCCCAGUGCGAGUUACUAUAACGAUCCCAUGGUAGCGUGGGACGGAGCAGCGGUCGAUGAUGGUGAAAAGCCUGAUUGCAGUGUCAGAGACAUGUGGAGACGUCAAUUGAUCCACCACCCUGUUGAAGUGGCCAGGACUUACAAAUAG